AUGGCUGAUCCGUUGAGUAUCGCAGCAUCAAUCGCUGGUCUCAUCUCCAUCACGGUUGAGACAGCAAAAUUCCUCGCUCCUUAUGUAUCGGCCGCCAAAGAGACACCACAGAUAGCCGCCCAUGUAUUCUCUGAAGUACAGAGCAUAGAGGUUAUCUUACAGGGGCUUCAGAGCCUCACUGCGAACUUUGCCUCAAUUAAAGCGCAACACGCUGCGUUGAUUGGAGUUAGUCAAGUUGUCACUAUUUUGACCGACGGCGUUCUUUUGUUUUCGGAAUUGCAGAAUGAGCUGGAUUCUUUACCAGCUAAAGACGAGGCUGAUGAGGGAGUCUCACUGUGGUCGCGUUUGCAGUGGGCGCGAAAGGAAAGCUCUCUCAACGCUCUUAUUGUGAGACUACAGAGUUUCAAAAGCUCGACGACUUUAAUCUUGAUGAUCUUAAAAAGUGAUUCUGAUCGAUUGGCAGCCGUACACCAGGAGGAGUUAUCCAACAAUAUCAAAGCCCUACUUGACACGAACCAUUCCCUGUCACAGAGAUUGAUGGGCGUGGAGGAUGCCUUAGAAGCACAGACGAUUCGGACGAAUUGCAAUAGUCUCUUAACACUGCCAGGACGUCAUGAUCCUUCCGACCUUCCGUACACACCACUGUCAUCAACCGGCACAGAUAUCGACAGCAACUUACUCAAGUUCGAUUUUGAAGAUGACCUUGAGUCUUCACGGGUCUACAGGCGUACAAAACGUGAUACUGUGGAUUUCUCUUUCUGCAGCUCGAUAUUACGGUCCAAUUCCUGGUCCGUCUUCUCCGGAUUGAGUCUCAGCGACGUUUCCUGCCUAUCGGUCAUAGCAUUACCGGUUUAUUCAGAUGACAUUAUCAAUGCUCAUCACUAUAACUUUGGAGAGACCGCAUCCAUAGCACCGUCCAUUGGAGGGUUUUCUACCGAGCAUACAUACGCGUGGAGAGAUGUGCCUAGGCUCUGGGAGAAUGAGCCUUUACUGUCUGAAUGCCACGAUCUCAAGCUUAAAAUGCUGCAAUUGCCUCGAAUGGCCAUCUUCUUCGAAAACAUAUCCACACCUCUUGAUCCCUUCCAUCAUCUCUGGGAAGUUUUCCGACAGGCCUCUCCUCUGAUUGUCCUUCUCCAAGCUCUGAACCCACGGAUUGGGGUUCCUGAUGUACAAUUAUCUCCCAUUGAAGGGCGGCGUGUCUCAACCAAUACAAGCUGCGGUAUUUCGACAAGGGAUAAAAACAAGAUAACCAUGUGGUUCAUCUUGUACUGUCAUCUUGAGCUGAGUAUACCCGUGGAUAGCCUGUUCACAAUAUCCGAUUUGAUGUUUGGUGAUUGUUAUGGGUUUUUCAAAGUCCUUCCAGUCAUGUCACUCAUCAUAGAGAAGCUCAAGGUCAAAGGGAUUGUGAGGGAUUACUAUCCUUUGCUUAGUAUGAGACACAUGGAAUAUCCUCAAAUGAUAAUGGACUUUGUGUCUGGCCAACGAAAGGCCGUUCAGGAUAUCGAUAAAUUCGCCAAAAUCAUGCAUAACAUAUCAUCUUAUCCGAAACCAGAAGGAGAUCGAGACUUUAUGAAGACACUGGAGUUGGCAGCAAGGAUAGCUGCCAAGCACAUCAACCUACUCACCAAAAUGGAGAAGAACCUUUUCCUUCUGGUGUCUGAACACAGAUGGGCGCCUGUGUUUGAGUUAUAUCUCAAGGAUAUUGAUCUAGAGAUAUUGCUGAUAACGAAGGAGCUGACGAAACUCCGCUCUUUUCUUUCGUCUGGACUCAGUACAAGCGAGGAUCGAAGCGAGACAUUGUCAGAAUGUUUGACCUUGCUGCAAUUAAUCGCCAACAGGGAUUCAGCAUAUGGUCUGUUCUUGAACGAGAUUCAACCGGCGUCCCCUGAUCAAGAGAACGACAUGACUGAUGCACGAGCGGUUAUUGAACAGGCCUGUCUGAAGAUUGAAGAGGGAUUUAUAAAAGACUUGAAACAACGUGUACUGGACUGGAAAGGUCUGAGUCCUCUUGAGUUUGCUUGA